AUGCACAAAAUAUACAUCAAAAUAAUGCAAUUACCAACAACGUUCUGGAACAACGGCCUUCUUGUGGUGGAACCGAUUGGCGUCGUGGUCAGGAUCGCUCCUCUCCUCCUCGUCAACAAACCGUUGCAGCAGCCCCUCCCCAUCAUGACUUUACCGUUCUGGGUUUUUGCCUGGGGAGUAGUCCUCGCCGGCCGGCCUGCUCCAACAUGCUGCAAGUGGACACACCUCAACAACUGCGCCACUAACUUAGGAAGUUAUUAUCUCUGUAAUAACUGUCCUCACCCUACUACAAUUUCUAGCUCACCGGUGCGUGGUGCGCAACCUAAUCGUCCCAUCAUCCGCAAUAAAACAUCUGCAACACCCAACAUCAAUCCAAUCUCGCACUCGGACAGCAAGCUGAAUAUCCUUCAAUUCAACUGCAACGGUCUCAAGAAUAAGAGUGCCGAGAUUGCUCAUCACCUAUCCAUACACAAUAUCUCAAUCGCCGCCCUCCCGGAGACGAAACUUUCAACUCGCUCUGCUGUUCCGGUUUUCAAGAAUUAUGCUAUAUACCGGAAAGACCGGAAAAGUGGUCGUGGCGGCGGCCUCAUGAUGCUGAUACAUCAUAAGAUCCCUUACACCAUUAAACAGCUACCUGAUACAGUUACCAUGGAGAGCCAGGGGAUCACCAUCAUGGCUGAUGACACCGAGAUAAAUAUAGUGAACGUAUAUAUCCCUCCUCAAUCUGCUUGCCCACCUCAUUUCUGCGCUUCAAUAGCAGACUUAUUGGAAUUCCCUAACAUCAUUCUACUUGGCGAUCUAAAUGCUCAUGAUGGCCUCUGGUACUCGGGUAAUAGCGAUGCACGUGGCGAAACGCUGGCGGCGGAAAUAGACGAUUCCGACUGUUGUACUUUAAAUCUUGACUGUCCAACCAGGCUUCCAUCUAAUUGUCAGCCAACUUCUCCAGAUUUUUCUAUUGCCUCUAUCUCUUUGACUAACUGCCUUAAUUGCAAUAAUUAUAACAAUGUUAUCACCAACAAUAUUGAUGAUGUAAACAACAAUCAUACCAAUAGUGACAACCUUAACAACAACAUCAACAACAUCAACAACACCAACAACAACAUCAACAACAUCAACAAUAACAAUAACAGUGCCAACACUGUUGAUACCAAUGCCAGAACCCUCAGCGCAAAUACCAGUUGCAAUUGGAACAUCAUCAAUAGUGAAAACCCUAACAACAACAUCAACAACACCAACAACAACAUCUACAACAACAACAGCAUCAACAAUAACAACAACAACAAUGCCAACUAUGUAGAUACCAAAUCCACAACCCACAGCGCAAAUAUCACUUGCAAAUGGAACAUCAUCACAAGAAGCAAGAAGAACCACAGCGAUGAUAAUAAUAAUAAUUGUAUAAAUAAUAAUAAUAAUAAAUAUUGUAAAAAUAAUAUUAAUAAUAUGUAG